CAAGAGGCCUUGAAAUCCAUCAUGAAGGACCUGGUAGCACUCCAGAUGGGCCGACGUCACAGACUGACUGGAUAUGAUACCAUGAAGAAUAAAGACACUGCUCACUCCAACAAACAGAAAAAACACAAUGCCAGCAGUCCACCCCUCUUGGGCAGCCCUGCAAUAACAAACCAGUGUGCCUCUGCAGUGGAAGAAAAAAAAAUCCCGAAUGAUGUACGGAUAAAGUUUGAACAUAAUGGGGAAAGACGAAUUAUCCCAUUUGUCCGUCCCGUGCGCUAUGAAGAUGUGCAACAGAAAGUGAAAACAGCCUUUGGCCAGCCGCUGGACCUCCACUACAUGAACAAUGAGCUAUCUAUUCCUUUGAAAAACCAAGAUGACCUGGAUAAAGCAGUAGAUCUCUUAGACCGAAGCUCUAAUGUGAAAAGCCUUAGAAUAUUAUUGCUGUCUCAGGACAGAAACCAUACCAGUUCUUCACCCCAUUCUGGACUGCCCAAACAAGUCAGGAUUAAAACUUCCCAAUCUGUGGGGGAUGUGAACACACCCUAUCAGCAGCCAGAACCUAGAAGUAGGCAUCUGUCUGUCAGUUCCCAGAACACAGGCCGAAGUUCACCACCUCCUGGGUACGUUCCAGAGAGGCAACAGCGCAUUGCUCGGCAGGGCUCCUACACCAGCAUAAAUAGUGAAGGCGAAUUCAUCCCAGAAACCAAUGAACAGUGUAUGCUGGACCCUUUAAGCAGCGCUGAAAACUCGGUGUCAGGAAGCUGUCAGUCCUUGGACAGGUCAGCAGAUAGUCCUUCUUUUCGGAAGUCACGGAUGUCAAGGGCUCAAAGCUUUCCUGAUAAUAGACAGGAGUUCUCAGACCGUGAGAAUCAGAUCUAUGACAAAGCGGGGAAAGGUGGGACCUACCCUCGGCGCUACAAUGUCUCCAUGCAGCACAAGGACUACAACGAUGGCCGGAGGACAUUUCCCCGGAUACGGCGACACCAAGGGAAUCUUUUCACCUUGGUCCCUUCAAGUCGUUCCUUAAGCACCAACGGAGAAAACCUGGGCCUGGCGUUGCAGUACCUGGACCCCCGGGGCCGCCUGCGGAGUGCCGACAGCGAAAAUGCCCUUGGUGUGCAGGAGAGGAACAUUCCCACCAAAUCUCCGAGUGCUCCAAUAAACUGGCGACGAGGAAAACUGCUGGGCCAGGGUGCCUUUGGUCGUGUGUAUUUGUGCUAUGACGUGGACACGGGCAGAGAGCUUGCCGCUAAGCAGGUCCAGUUUGACCCAGAGAGUCCCGAAACGAGCAAGGAAGUGAGUGCCCUGGAGUGUGAAAUUCAGCUGCUGAAGAAUCUCCAGCACGAACGUAUUGUUCAGUAUUACGGCUGCUUACGGGAUCGAGCGGAGAAGACCUUGACCAUCUUCAUGGAGUACAUGCCAGGGGGGUCAGUGAAAGACCAGCUGAAGGCGUAUGGUGCUCUCACGGAAAAUGUAACCCGGAAGUACACUCACCAGAUUCUCGAGGGAGUCUCGUACCUUCACAGCAACAUGAUUGUGCACAGGGACAUAAAGGGAGCCAAUAUUCUCCGUGACUCUGCUGGGAAUGUGAAGCUUGGGGACUUUGGGGCCAGCAAACGGCUGCAGACAAUCUGUAUGUCUGGAACAGGCAUCCGCUCUGUCACUGGCACGCCAUAUUGGAUGAGCCCAGAGGUGAUCAGCGGAGAAGGCUAUGGAAGAAAAGCAGACGUGUGGAGCCUCGGUUGUACUGUUGUGGAAAUGCUGACGGAGAAACCACCCUGGGCAGAGUACGAAGCCAUGGCAGCCAUUUUCAAAAUCGCCACCCAACCCACCAACCCCCAGCUCCCCUCCCACAUAUCAGAACAUUGCAGGGACUUUCUGAAGCAGAUCUUUGUGGAAGCCAGGCACAGACCCUCUGCGGAAGAGCUGCUCAGACAUCAGUUUGCACAGCUCCAGUACUGAAUUACCUCCCUUGCUAGCAGCUCGUGCUGGGCUUUUGGUGCCCGUCUGGUCUGGUUGCAACUGCCCGUUGUGGUGCUGCAUCUUCAAAAUGCCAACUCAGCUGUCCUAGUCCUUUGGGGAAGUUAUGCCAAGGAACCUAGGGUCUGCUCUUGUGCCUGAUACCUUUGUUUGCUGGACGAAUGUUUGUCCUACCCACAGCUGACAAACAGAGCUGCAUUUUUGCCCUAGUCACCUUGAUGUGAAAUUGCAGCUGGCUGCAUGUUUUCUGCAGGCCCAAGAAUGGGGAUCUAAGAAGUGUCUCACUGGUUGAACGUA